UACGGCAGUCCAUUCGACACACAAUAAAUCAUAUUGACGUGCUGGGCCACAGAAACACACGUCAGUCGUCGAAGUACCGAGAUAAAAACCAUCAAAAGGAAACAAAUAAAAUUCGAAAGCACUGGAAAUUUUAAAAUAAAAUACGAGCAAUAUGAAAUUUACUUUAAUUGCGGGCGUUGCAUUUUUACUGCUUAUGCAGUUUGUGGUGGCAGAUUUACUAGGGCCUCAAGUGACUAGUGGCGAAAUAAAAGAUAUUUUGGAUACGACGGACACCUCAACUAAGCCGACUUCGCACGAGGAGAGUAAUACGGAUGCGACCGGCGAAGAUUCCAAUGAAGCGCCUAAUAAUCAACGUAAGGCGUCCAAGUAUAUAGAUGACCAAAUGACAGCAGCCAAGACGGCGGCACAAAUUGCGUCUACCAUGCAACCGGCUGAAGGUGGUGAAGGUAAAAAUAAACUUUUACAAUUUGCCAUCUUUGAGCGAUUGUGGAAUGAAGAGGUUGUGCGCAAAAAGCUACAAGAACAAAUCGAAACGAUUGAAGCGAAAAAAGAACCCAUCGAAGUGGUCGAUCCAACACCUGAACAAAUUGAAGCUCAAAGUAUGUUUGAAAAAGGCAUGGAAAUAUUUAACGGCCAAAGUUCCGAUAAACGGGUAGCUCGUACAUUACUGCGCAAAGCUGCGGAAAUGAAAAAUAGUAAAGCUCGUGCGGCUUUGGCUUGGAUACGUGUUUUGGAUCAAGAUAUGGAGUUUGAUUUCAGUUAUGCAGCCACAGAGUUUGACGAAUUGGCCAAAGAAGGUUUAUCCGAUGCACAUUUGGGUCUGGCUUUUCUGUACUCUGUGGGUGUGGGAGGUAAAAAUGUAAGUCAACCAUUGGCUUUAAUUCAUCUAACUCUGGCCGCUCUAGAGGGUGAAUCAUUAGCUCAGAUGGCUUUGGGAUAUCGCUAUUCUUUUGGUAUUAAUGUCCCAGCCAGCUGUGAAAAAUCCUUAUCAUACUACAAAAAAGUAGCAACAAAAGUCGCUGCAAAUGUAAAAUUUUCUAGCGGGCCUUUGGUACACCGUGUUAGACUUUUAGAUGAAUCGGAAAAUCCAGGAAGUCAAGAAACGGAAAUUGUUGACUACUAUCAAUUGUUGGCUGAUAAAGGCGAUGUGCAGUCACAAGUGGGACUAGGGCAGCUCUACUAUCAGGGUGGCAAGGCAAUUAAGCAGGAUCAUCAGAAAGCGUUGGAAUAUUUUACAUUGGCAGCAAAUGCUGGCAAUGCCAUUGGUUAUGCAUUUUUGGGAAAACUCUAUUUAGAGGGCAGUGAACAUAUAAAAGCGGAUAAUGAAACUGCGUUUAAGUAUUUUGCUAAAGCUGCUAACUUGGGUGAUCCUGUGGGACAAAGUGGAUUGGGUUUGAUGUACUUGAAAGGGUAUGGUGUCCCCAAAGAUCCCUUGAAGGCUCUAAACUAUUUCACUAUGGCGGCUGAUCAAGGCUGGGUUGAUGGCCAAUUACAAUUGGGAAUGAUGUAUUUCACUGGUAAUGGCGUUAAAACUGAUUAUAAAUUGGCCUUGAAAUAUUUCAAUCUGGCCUCUCAGUCUGGUCAUGUUUUGGCUUACUAUAACUUGGGUAUUAUGCAUGCCUAUGGCAUUGGCAUAUUGCGUUCCUGUGCAGCUGCUGUAGAGUUUUUCAAAAAUGUGGCUGAACGUGGUAGUUGGAGUUCAUAUCUAAUGAAAGCCUACACCAACUAUAAAAAUAAUAAUAUCGAUGAAGCUUUUAUAAAAUACGCCCUGCUGGCUGAAGUAGGCUACGAAGUGGCUCAAAGUAAUGCAGCCUAUCUUUUGGAUCGUGGCGAUGUUACCAUCUUUCAUGAUCGUAAUGAAGAAUUAAUAAGAGCAUUUUACUAUUGGAAACGCGCAGCAGCUCAGGGUUACUCAGCGGCCCAAGUGAAAUUAGGUGAUUAUUACUAUUACGGCUGGGGUACAAAUAUAGAUUUUGAAAUGGCUGCUGCUUUAUAUCGUAAGGCCUCAGAGCAGCAAUAUAAUGCUCAAGCCAUGUUCAAUUUGGGCUACAUGCACGAGAAAGGUUUGGGCAUGAAAAAAGAUUGGCAUUUAGCGAAACGUCAGUAUGAUUUGGCGGCUGUGACAAAUGCCGAUGCUAAAGUGCCAGUUGCUAUAGCUUUGUUAAAGUUGCAAUUGUUGGCUAAAAUUGAGUCGAUUAAAGAGUCACCCUACAAAUUUAUUUUUUAUUUGGAUGAAAAUAUUGCCGCUAAUUGGGAUUUAUAUAUGAUUACGAUAUUGACUCUACUGUUGGGUUUCAUAACGUACACAAGACGUACUUUAGAAAACCAACGGCAACAGAUUCAAGAAAAUAUCCUCCAACAGCAGCAAGAAGAAAAUGCCGUAGUUGAACCUUUAAACAAUGAAAAUGCGACAGCAACAGUGGCAGAAAAUGACUUAAAUAACACAGAAUCGGCACAAUCCUCUACAAUUACAACUAAUACUAAAACAGAAACUACUGAAGACUCUAACAAUGAUACACCAUCCACAUCAAAGACGACUACAGCAUCAUCAUCGCCUACAUCACAAACUUCAACAACUGCGACUUCUGGAUCAGCGUCAGUAAUACCUUCAGCUGCUUCAAAUUCAAUCGCUGAUCCCACUGAAUAGUAAACAUUAAUUAAUUUAAUUCUUAUAAAUUCAUACUGUAUAUUAACAAAUACUAUACUUUCUAAAUACCAAAUUAAAAUGUAUUUAAAUUUAUCAAUGUUGUUUAACCUUUAGUAUAUGUCACCUUAAAAACACAAAAAAAAUAUUAAAACCCUAUCCCUUACUAUAACCUACACCUUUCCUUCCUCUCUAUUUGAUCUUAGAAUUUUUGUGUAUGUUGUCUGUACAUAUGAUCUAUCUAUAUUUUCGUUUUUUCUUUUCCUUAUGUUUUUUUCAUUUUAUAAUCUUAAAUUUUAUAAUAUGCAUAUUGAUACUAUUGUAUAUUAAUUUUAACCAUUAUAAGAGUAUAAGUAAUGAAAAUUUAAUAUUAUUUUUUUAAAUAAAAUCUAAGUUAAAUGAAGACAUAAAAUCCUAAAACCAUA